CACCGGGAGCUAGGUGUGGGGUUCGGCACGCGAGUCUGCACGAGGUGGGAGAGAAAUGGAGGGCUCCGCUUCAACCCCACCCGCAACCUCAGCCUCGAAUUCAGCGACCCCGGCAGCGCUGGAUCAGCUGGAUAAAGAGCAGACCAGAAAGGCAGUGGACACUCUGUUGGCACAUUCCAAGUCCAGGAAGAACUCGAGUGGAUUGCUUCUGAAUGAGAAUGAAAAUUUGUUUUUAAUGGUGGUAUUAUGGAAAAUUCCAAGUAAAGAACUGAGGGUCAGAUUGUCCUUGCCUCACGGUAUUCGGUCAGAUUUAGCAGAUAUCUGUUUAUUUACUAAGGAUGAACCCAAUGUAACUCCUGAAAAGACAGAAAAUUUUUAUAAGAAGCUUCUAAACAAGCAUGGAAUUAAAACCAUUUCUCAGAUUAUCCCCCUCCGAACUUUAAAAAAGGAGUAUAAAGCCUAUGAGGCCAAGCUCCGCCUCCUUAGUAGUUUUGACUUGUUCCUUGCUGAUGCAAGAAUCAGGCGGCUCUUACCCUCACACCUCGGGAAACAUUUCUAUAAGAGAAAGAAAGUUCCAGUACCUGUAAACCUUAAAGCCAAGAAUCUUUCCAAAGAGAUCAACUCAUCGAUAGGUGGGACUACCUUAAACAUCUCUAAAAGUGGUUCUUGCAGCACUAUUCGCAUCGGUCACACUGGAAUGCAGGUUCAGCACAUCACCGAAAACAUUGUUGCUGUCACGGAAAAGCUUUCACAGAAAUUGCCAGAGAAGUGGGAGAGUGUGAAACUCUUGUAUGUCAAAACUGAGAGAUCAGUUGCCCUUCCCAUCUUUUCUUCAUUUGUCAGCUAUCAGGAUGAAGCCAAAGGAGUACGCACUCCUGGUCAGAAGAAAAAAGGAGCAAAGAAAAUACAAAACCAAAAAGGACCUACUGAAAAACAAAAGAAGAAAAGAAACAGAAGGCUCACGAAAAAGGCUAAAAAGGCUACUUCAGCCCUAACUACAAAGGAGGUGGCCCCUAAAACUAGUCCUCCAGUGAAGGACCCUGGACCCCAGAAGAAAGAGACCCCCAAGCCUAAGAAGAAAGAGACCCUCAGAGUAAAAACCCAAACUAAAGUGCAAGAUGAAUCCGAAGAAGAAAUUCCUUUACUGGUCCCAAUAAGAGAAACUUCUGCCAAAGAAAACAUAGAGAUACAAAAACAUACCACAGGAAAGAAGUCUCCAGUAAAGAGUCCGGGUCCCAACACACCCCGUGGGAAGAAGAGAAAGGCCUUUUCAGCUUUGGAGACCCCAAAAGCAGCAGAGCCGAAGACCCCAGGUAAAGGCCCAGGGAAGAAGCAAAGAGUCAAAGAAGAGGUGAAGCAAAGAAACUCUCCACUGGGGAAAAAAGACCCAAAACAGACACCCAAAAAGCCGGAGGCCAAGUUCUUCACUACAGCUAAUAAAUCUGCAAGAAAAGCUCCCCACACCCCCAAACAAUGGCCCAAAAAUCCCAAAGUGCCCCAGUCGACCUAAAAUCAGUGACUCGACCAGAAGGAAACAUCAGAGCUGCCUGGAAAGCUUUUGAAAAAUACCCAGGUCCUGUCCCCUGUUGCAGCCUUCUCCAAGAGUGGGGCCUGGACUUAAAUAUGUUUCAAACCUCCACAAAUGAUUCUGAUAGAUGCUUAUGGGUGUAAGAACCAGUAGUUUGAAUCUAUUUUUAAAGUUGUUCUUCCGUGUUUUAGCUAAUGUGAUAGAAAUUACAGUGCUUUUUAUUAAAGUGUAACAUUUGCUUCUGAGUAAACUAUUCCAUAUCUUGUUAGUUUUCCUUGAA